GUGCUCAGUCCACUCAGUCAGGUGUGCUGAUGAUAUCCUAGGAGAUAUUGAGAGAUUUCUUGGACUGUUGAGCGUCCCACAUUUCAACAGCUGAGAUGGCACGGGACAUGUCCGAUAAGGAGAUCCUGAAAAUGGAGCUGGAGCAGCUGCAGAAAGAAGUUAACACUCCCCGGAUUGCAAUGUCUAAAACUGCCCCUGAGCUUGUCACCUUUAUCGAGUCCCAGUCUGCAGAGGACCCCCUAAUCAAGGGAGUUCCUGAAGACAAGAACCCCUUUAAGGAGAAAGGAGGUUGUGUUAUUACAUAGCGAAGUCUUCAUAAUACUAACAAAAGGCUUUCUAAAGGGCUCAUCACAGGUUCGGCGUUCUUUAAAAUAAAGAGUAGAAGCACAAGACACCCCUUCAACCCCUACAUGGAUCUUUUCAUUUUGUGUUUUCAAAAAAUAUCCACAUUGGUAUGGUAUUUUUAGCGUGGACAAAUGUUAGUGUAUAUAAAGUAAGAUUUUAAAUUUUAAAUGUAUAUCUGGAUAUCUGUAAAGCUGCUUUGUGACAAUAUCCAUUGUUAAAAGUGAUAUAUAAAUAAAAUUAAA